AUGGGAGACGAUACGUGCGAACUAGGGACGAACGAUGCUUCUAACGAGGAUUCACGAUCGACUAAAUCUAUAAAGGAACUGUUCUCCGAACGUAUCAUAUGCCCGGAAGAACUAAACGAAUUCUUACAAGGUCGUAUUCAUGACUUAACAACGGAGAAUGAAUGUUUGCGACGAGCAUUCGAACAAGCGGAGGAAAGGUCACGACAAUUGUCGGAGGAGAAACUCGAUUCGCAAAACACAAUAGAGAUAGGAAAAGAGUCGGCCGCGAAUAAAUUAAGCGAACUUGGCAAAAAGUACAGAAACCAAACCGCCGAGAUGGAGAUAUUGAAGGUGAAAUGUGAGAAUCUACAGGCUACUCUGUCCGUCAAAGAAGACGAGUUGAAGCGUCAAAGAGCAGAAUUACGACAGAUUGUCAAGUGCGAAGGAUGCAAGGAUUCCAGCGGUGAGAAUAGAAGUCAGGAUAAUGGAGAAGAGAAAGAUUCGGGGAACAGUUCGAGCAAAAGUGACAACGAGCGAAUAAAGUGCUUGAAAAAUAAGCUGCAGUGGACUCAAAUAAGACUUUGCGAAUCGAGAAACACGUGUGCCGCUCUUCGGCAAGAGAUUAAGAAGGCUCAGAAGUUAUUGUGUAGCGAGGUGGGCGAAAACGUCAGUGUCACCGCGUUCUCGAGCGUACCGGGCGGUUGGCGCGGACGAGCUGAGCAAAUCCGAAAUCUGCAGCAGAAAGUGGCAGAAUUGCAGACCAAAUUGUCGGAACACGACAAAUGCCAGAAAGGAUCUUCCUCCGCGUCCGUAGAUCGACAAAACUUGGCUAAUUUCCGUAUUGCUGAGAAAGAAAGACGGCAGCAGAUUGAAAAUACGGCGAGGGAACUCAGACAAGCGGAAGUAGCGUUGGAGACCUCGAAGAGAAAGCUCGAUGCUUCUAAAGCGAGAAUAAAAGUAUUGGAGCACGAGUUGGAUGUCGCGAGGACUAAUAUCGUAAUGCUGAAUGAGAAAAGGUCUCAUGACGGCUGUGUCAUCGAGGCGCUGAAUGAGCGACUGAACAUCGCUAAGGCGAGGUGUCAAGAGUGCGAAGCGGAGGUGCGGAACAAGGAACAUAGGAUCGAACGUGAGAAUGCGAAUAUCAAGAAUGAAUUGCAAGCGACGCAACUGCUCGUCGAUCGAUUACGCAAGAGAUUAGAGGAACGCGAGAUCGAAAUUGACAAGAUGAGGAACGACAUCACGCUGGAUGAAUCUUUGAAGUGUCGUCCCUCCCUUCGUUCAGACUUUCGGUCUUCCGAAGGGCAUCAGGUCAGCCCAUUCGUUAGUCCGCGAAGUUUGAGUGAACCCAACGAAUAUGUGACCUUAGCUUUAGCUGCCGAAGCCGAACGGGUGAGACUCCUAGAAUUGGUAACUUUGCUGAAUCAACGUUUAGACAAGGAGAGGAACGAGAUAAUCUCCUUUGAGGAAUCUCUGCGUAAUGAAAGAAAGAAAUGUGCGAAAUUGGAAUCAAAAUUGCGGGAAUUGGAGAAGGAGAGGGUCGGACUUGUCAAGGUGGACUCCGGAUACAGAGCGAAAUUCCGCGCGAGGUCCACGUCGAAUCUACGAGUGGACGAAGAGGCCACCGGCUCCGAGAAAGUUCGCUUCAGAAUCGAAUUGCUGGAAGAGGAGUGUCUCACGCUUAAGGCCAGAUUAGAUACGGUGCGGCAGGACAAAGCCAACGAUCUCGCCGUGUACAAGCGAAUGCUCGAUCAGGCUAGAAAGACUUUCAAAGAUGCGUGCAGGAACAAGCCGCUGGCGGCCGGUGGGAGUCGUUCCACGAUAACUAUUUAACGUGACAAGAAGGAGGGAGGGAUAAAGGAAGAGGAAACCCGCGCGCCAGUCUUCGGGAAGCGUAAAAGCAACGUUUAAUUCGACGCGUGCCCGCGUUCGUGAAGCAGCGGGCCGAUUUAAACGACGAUCGGCGAGCGCGCCGUUUUCGACGACGAAAUAAAAUCGUUUUCACGAACGGGCGAACGGGGCCAGCCGCGAUCGGAGUGGAUGUAGCAGCAACAAAGCGGCGUGAUGAUGUAACUAGGACACGAGAGAUAAGGUGCAACGCCUCCACGUAAACCCGCGUGACACCGCCGGAGCAAAACUCGUCGUUUCGCUUCCACCUCGCGUCGUCGUCGUCGUUGUCGUCGUCGUCGUUCUCUUAACACCGCCGAUGUUUGCUCGGCCAACUCUGUCGUUUGCUCUCGCCAUUGAUAUCGCACCGGCGGCAUCGCGGCGGCCGUAAAUUCAUCCCGUUCUCUUCUUCGUUCCCUUCGAUGUUACAGCCGAGUACAGCGAGACGAAUCCUCGAGCGUGUCGCGCUCGAAUCUACCGAACGUUCGAGAGAUCCUGGCGAUUGGAUUCGCGAAUCACGAAAUAGUGUGUUGAAAAGACGUCUCGUAUGAAUCCCUUUUUUUUCAUAUAUAAAGUCGCGUAAUUGUAUUAUUUUCGCAGAGCGUAAUUUCGCAUGUUGCUAUGCUCUCGCUCUUUUGUGUGCGCGAGUAAAGAAGUAAACCAAGUUGUCCAAGUUCAAGUGGUCGAUUGUAACAGAACGAAAAUCAAUGUAUACUUUUGAUUUGUACGCUUUUAUCUCGGCUUUUGCUUCCCCAAAUUGAUGAAACAUUCGAUCCGUGUAUCCUCGAUUUACACGGCAGCGUAUUAUGCGCGAGUGUGCGUGUAUAUGUGUCUUGAAAACCAAAUUAUACGCAAAUAGGGAACCACGGUGAAGUUAUCGAUGUCCUAGUUGGCGUUAACAAAGCAACAAUCCCUUUGUACCGGAGCUGUUUUACAAGAUGUUCCAUAUUAUCGCGGAUACACAUCCGCCAAGUAUGCUACUGCUCAAAGAACCUCCGACUGGUGACAACCGUAGACUUCAUUGUCCUUUAUAGUCCUUUUUCUUUCUUCUUGUAAAAAGUAUUCCAAUAAAAUUUCCGUGUAGAAAUAACAGAUAUAAUAAAG